AUGGGAGCUAAUAAGAAGCAUGUUCAUUCUAAAGCCUCAUCUUCUCUUGCUAUUGUCGAAGCAAACAAAGCUGCCCCCAUUGAAGCACCAAUCGUAUCUUCUUACAAUGAUCGGAUCAGGCCGUUGCUUGACACUGUUGACAGGCUUAGGAACCUGAAUGUGAUGAGAGAAGGGAUCCAGCUUCCGACCAUUGUUGUGGUUGGAGAUCAGUCCUCGGGGAAGUCAAGUGUUCUCGAAUCUCUAGCAGGAAUCAGUUUGCCUCGUGGACAAGGAAUCUGUACUAGGGUUCCUCUUGUGAUGAGGCUUCAACGAAGCUCUAGCCCUGAACCUGAGAUCUGGCUUGAGUUCGGUGACAAAGUUGUCACUACGGCCGAGGAACAAAUAGCUGAAGCGAUUUGUGCUGCGACUGAUGUGAUCGCUGGUAUGUUCUGCCUCCCUCCUUUGCACAGUGAAGAAUCUGUGAACCGAGUAAUCGAGAUCGUCGAGAUGGAGAAGCUUACAGAUUACACAUGUAACCCUGAUUACAUGACAUCUUGGACGCAGAAGACAGCUUCACAGCAAAACUUCAUCAAUGCUGUGUUGUACGAUGAAGACAAACCUGAGAAUUUCUAUUUGACUGGAUUCGGAGAUGUGAAGAUUUCGCAUCUAAGGAAGUAUCACGCUCAUCUACUUCAACAAGCUUUCGAUAUGAAGAUGAGGAUCACAUCGUACUGGACGAUCGUCCUGCGAAGGAUUGUGGACAACCUUGCGCUGUAUCUUCAAUUCUCCGUGAAGAAUCUCGUCAACAGUCAGUUUCAGAAGGAGAUCGUGGCGGAAAUGGUGGAUCCGAGAGGCGGCGGAGGAAUCGAGAGAAUGCUGGAGGAGUCGCCGUCUGUUGCGGGCAAGAGGGAGAAGCUGAAGAACAGCAUCAAGCUCCUGAAGGAGUCGAAGGACGUUAUUGCCGCCAUUGUUGAUCAGAAUUCUGGGUACGGAGACCGUUGA